AUGUCCCAUUCUUGGUUGCAGAAAAAGCGCAAAGGCGAGCUGAUUGAACUUGCACAGACGGCAAAGCUUGCUGAUGCGGAUAGUUACUUGAAAGAUGAUCUUGUACUCUUGCUCGAAAAUCAUCUUAACAACAACGAGACUGCAUUUGCCACGCGUCCAGAGUUCCGUGAUUAUUAUGGUCGUGGCGGGUCUCCAGUCAAGCGUGAACGCUCGUCGCCCGAGGGGUUGACCACUGUGAAGACGACGCGCCGCAGAACUCUUGUGAAGGCGUCUUCUGAGGAGCCGACACCGCCCGUGACAACGCGUACACCACGUACUAUCGCUCAGCCUACCGCUCAAUCUGCCGCUCAAUCUGCCGCACAAUCUGCCUCGAAGACUGUUCAGUCUGCUUCCCAGAGCCUCUCUCGAACCGCUCAAGACUUGACGCAAAGCCUCUCACAGCAAACCCCAAGGGCUAUACCGAGACGUGUCUCCGAGAUUAUCAAUGAAGUUGACAUCCCAGCCUCGCCGUCACAGCUUGCCGAAGUUGCCGACCAGUCAAUCCAGGCGGCGAAGACCAAGGUUUCUGAGCUAUGGGACAGGACACGAGUUGAUGAAUUCAAGGAGUUUGUCCGUGAAAACGUUAGCUCUGUCGCUGCGAUCCAGACGCUCAUCCUUCUCAUCGAGGCUGCCGGGCUUCAAUUUAACACUCUACAAACAACACCUGCUGUUGCUCUGGACUCGGCAAAUAGUCACUAUCUACACAUCCCCGAUUUCUGGACUCUUUUGACUAGCGAAUGGUGGGCACCGGCUUCACUGUGGUCCUUGACGAGCUGGGUGCUGCCAUUCAUCUUUUCAUACUUCUUCAAUUUGACGCUCCGAUCCAACACCAACCACAAAACAUCGCACCGCCAGUAUCCCGCAGACCCACUUGUUUUCAAUAUCGCUAAGGCCAUCCUGGCGUUUAGCGCCUACCGCCUACCUAUCAUCGAUGCGACUUUGGUCGGUGAAGCUGGACUCGCCAAAGCUGUAGACCUUAGCUGGGGUCCAUUCUCCGAACAAAGUGUUGGUGUCGUGCGUAACAACGUCCCUGGUGGCUACCACGGAUUGCAAAUCGGUGCUAUGGUUGGCAUCCUAGUCAGCUUGUACGACGCUGCACUCAAGAAGUGA